AUGGCGAAUGAGGCUGGAUGGACAGAUGUCCAGCGAAAGAAAUCUGGCAACAGCCACACCAAGGUGAUAUCCUCUUUCUACAUUUCAAAGAUUCUGGUAGGUAUCAGCAGAGUCACCAUCAACGACAUCUUCAGGUCGUUUGGCAAAAUCGUUGAUAUCUAUCUCAUCGGAAGGAAAGACAGGGGUGGCCUGUACUUUGGUUUCAUCAAGUUUAUCGACGUCUCAGACAUAUUGGCACUUGAGAGGAAGAUGCAUGGGCUCAGAUGCGGACAUUGUAUCCUACAGGUCAUUGAACUAAAACAAGUUCCGACGAUGGUGGGUUGGAAUCAUUCAACUGUGGUUGGUGAAGUACUAAGUCUCAUGCAUCUCAUGGAACUUCCAAAACUUCUCAAAUCUGAUCUUAAUUGCUUAAUGAAUACCUUCUAUGCGGGUGGUAUGCGUGUGGUGCUUAGAUUUGAUAUACCAAUGGAUGCUAAGAACUUUCUCAGUAAGGAUAACAACUGGAACAGAUGGUUCAAAUGGGUUCGAAUGGGGAUAUUCGACGAACCAUCCUCAGAGAGAAUCGCGUGGGUCAAAAUAACCGGAGUUCCAAUAUCACUACGUGCAGAAGAGAAUUACAAAGCGAUAACAAAUCGGUUUGGGACAACCCUGCAAGUAGAUGGGGAUAACUGGGAUAACAUGGAUCUUUCCUAUGGUACAACAUGCAUACUCACCUGUUGUCUCACUAGAAUCAACGAAGUCAUAACUUGCUCCUUUAACAACAAAUUAUAUAAGGAUAAUCCUGAUGAAAAAAUUGUAGAGGAUAGGAACCCCAAUUCACAUGCGCCAAUCAUGGUGUGUGACGCUCCUACGGAUAUGGCACUCGUUGCUUCUCCUAAUCAUGGGCCCCCACCGAUAAGCAAAUUUUGGGCCUACCCUUGCUCCACCCCGAAAAAAGACAAUUCGCCCUACUCCGAAGCUGUACCAGACUUUGAAAUUGGUGACUUGCUGGUUAAAAGAAGGAAAGUCGAUCGUUCACUUUCAUUUUCAUCCUCAAUCACUCCACGGAGAAUAUUCAAGCAUUCUUCUCCGAGCAGGCCAGAAGGUAAUGUGUCAUCCCUACCAAAAUCCCAAAAAAAUUCUCCAUCAAUAGACUUGAAUAAAUCCCUGGAACCUUUAGAUAAUCACAACAACAACUCGAAUGAUGAAUCAUCAGUACCAAAUGAGAUUGAUCACAUGGUCAAAGUGGGGAAUGAAGUGGGUUUUCAAAUUACAAAAAGAAGAUUCAUAAUUGGUUAUUGGGGUUCAAUGGAUUUCGAUCAUGAGGCUAUCAAUCCAACAGGGGGUUCCGGGGGUAUCCUAAGUAUCUGGGAUUCAACUAUCUUUCGCAAGUCAGAAUCUUUUCUGACUAGGAACUACAUCGCCACCACAGGAUCUUGGAAUAGCUUUUCGGGUACAACCACCAUUGUGAAUGUUUACGCCCCUCAAUCUGUCACCGAGAAACGCUCACUCUGGGAAGAUCAUACCUUACUCAAAAGCCAAACUCCUGGAACUUGGAUCUUCUUAGGAGAUUUCAAUGCUGUUUGUCAUCCAAAAGAAAGAUUUAACUCCAGCUUCUGCAAGUACACAGCUUCUGAUUUUAACAAGUUCAUUGUUGUCACCGAUCUUUAUGAGUUCAAUCAAGGUGGGAAAAAGUUCACUUAUCUUCGUGACGAUGGUUUCAAGCAAAGCAAACUGGAUAGCUUUUUGGUCUGCCAAAAGUUUAUCAACCAACAACCACUCAAGGCGGUGACAGUCCUUCCACGUAAACAUUCCAAUCAUUCCUCGGUACUCCUUAAACCAUCUUCUCUAAAUUUUGGCCCUCCCCCGUUUUGUUUUUUCAAUUCUUGGAUGCUUCACAAGGAAUUUGAUUCGGUAUUUGAUAACGCCUGGAAGAAUUUUGCUGGUUUCGGCGCACUAGAUCAAUACUUUCUUGCUAAACUCAAAUAUUUAAAGGGCAUUCUAAAAAAUUGGAGAUCUGAUGUUUCCAAAUUAGAACACGGCGAUCUAAAAUAA